AUGGCAUUUCUCAAGCUUGCUCCUUUGGCUCUCUUCCUGCUUGCCACUUCUUCAAUGUUGUCGAUGAAGAACAUAGAAGCAGUGGGUUGUUCAGGUGGUUGUUCGCCGUUUCAAAUGCCACCGUGUGGCUCCACCGACUGUCGUUGUAUUCCUGUUGGACUGUUCGUUGGUUACUGCACACAUCCUAGUGGAGUUGCCUCCUUCGUGAAGAAGCUGGAUGAACAUCCGAACCUGUGUAUGUCUGACAAUGACUGUGUGAAGAAAGGAAGUGGCAACUUCUGCGCUCGCUAUCCAAAUCAGUACGUGGAUUAUGGGUGGUGCUUCGACUCCAACUCUGAAGCACUGAAAGGUUUCUUGGCUCUGCCGAGAACAAUUACCAUGUGA